AGUCUUGGUGAGGUCGUGGCCGCGCUCACACUCUCUCUCCCCACUACCACCACCACCACCACCACCACACCUCCCUUGUACCACCCAGCAGGAACCUCGCUGUGAUGGCCACCACAGCACACGCACACACACACGCACAUGUCUAGACGCACACAGCGGAAGUAGAAGAUAACCGAGCCACGAAGACGUACACACAAAAACGCACACAACAGGACUUCUCGUGUACGCUUUUCUGAAAGGCGCACACAAACCAGCUGGUCUCGUGUGUGUACGUACUGCUGGUGUGUGCGUGUGUGCCUGUGUGUACGUACGGGGCAAGAUGGCGUGUGCAGGUGUGUGUACGUCAGCUACGGUGCUUCUGGUCACGGUCCUGGUGGCGUUGCUGGUGGUUCCUGGUUCCCGCGGUCUUCGAUGUUACCAAUGCGGGGCGCUACGAGAGGGCAUGUCCACUGUGAACCCGUGUUUUGGCAUCAAGGAAGAGGACAACAGGGAGUGCAGCGCGGAGCAGAAGUUCUGUAAGCGAUACAGCAACGAGGGAGUGCUGGUGCUGGCCUGCGAGGAGAAGUGCCAGGAGAGUCACAGCCAGACAACAGACAUCACUUGCUGCGACACUGACGGCUGUAACGGAGGCAGGAUCACAGCGCCCUCCGCCCUCCUGCUGGCCCUACCUGCCCUCGUGACAGUGGGCGGCCUCCUCCUCACGCCCAUGCCUCGCUAGCAACACCGCGCCAAGCAAUAAACCGCCACCUUACGAACUCUCUCUCGUUUUUAUUUCACAUUCAAUUGUCUCUUUUUACUUAAGUGUUUCUGUACGUGUGUCGGUCUCUCUCUCUCUCUCUCUCUCUCUCUCUCUCUCUCUCUCUCUCUCUCUCUCUCUCUCUCUCUCUCUCUCUCUCUCUCUGUGUGUGUGUGUGUGUGUGUGUUUUCCUUCGUGGUGUUUUUUUCUCUUUGCCUUCUCUUCCUGAAAUUGGAGGAAGUGAAAGAGAAGUGUGUUUUGUCCUUUUUUCUUAAUCUUCCUCUCUCUUCCUUAAAAGUCGCAAGUACUGUUUUAGGGAAAGGAAGAAAGAGGAGUAUGUUAGAGUUUCCUCCUCCACCACCUCUUCCUUCCUUUAAGACCUUACGAGAGUCCUGUUAGAACGCUGCAAUGUAAAGUGGGAUGGAUGUUAGGACACUCUUGCCUCGUCCUGCUUCCUUCCUUCUUUCCUUCGUUCCCUCCUUCCUCCCCGUCGCAUCGCACCUCCCAUCGUCUUCUUUCCCCACCCCCUCCCCUCCAGCAUGACGCUCAUAAUGUUUUGCUCAGUAUCUUCCCGUUUUCUUCAAGGCGAUCCCGUUUUCUUCAAGGCGAUGCUCUCCAGUCUCAAGUUGGACUUUUAAUAUGCCACAGACUACACUAUUCAUGAUGGGCUUUUUUUUUUCCUUCUUCAUCUGCCACGAGAGAGGGAUGUCCAACUUUUUAAUGCAAGGAUGAGUUUUCCUUUCUCUUGUAAGUCUUGUUUAUUUAUUUUUUUUUUAUGACAAGAUGAAUGUCCAUUUUUUAGAGCAAGAUUAGGAGCUUUCUUUCACCAAAAACGUUAAGCCAUCUCCUUUUCUGGAAGAAGAAUAUUAAGUUUUCUAAUGCAAUAAUGUCAGUUCCCUUUCAUUAAAAAUUCACCAAAUAUUUUUUUUUCUAUUUCGAGAAAAGAAUACAUAAAAAAACGCUUUUUCUGAUUUCAGAAAAAAGGAAUGCCCACCUGCUUAAAAUAGGAAACUGCAUUUUUCCUUCACUCGAAAUGUACCCACAUUCCAUACAUUCCACAAAAAAAGAAUAUCACUUAAAUUUGUGUCCAUCGGUAGAAAACAACAUCCAAUCACUUCCUUCACUUCCCUCACCAAAAAAUUCAGCUACAAUAAAAGUCUGCGUUCCUUCAAUAGAAAAUGAAACCCACGCACGUUCUUUCCUUCGUCGUCAGGAGAAAUAUUCAACUUUCAAGGGAGACUUUCCUUCCUUGAAUAAAACACGGAGUCCACGCACUUGGCCUUUCAACGAGAAGAUUAUUCAAUUCUUAAAGACACGAGUUUAGUUUUCUUUCAGUAGUGAGGUAAAUUAUUUAACUAUUAUAAUGGGGGACUUUCUCAGAAAACGGAGUCCACGUAUUCGGCCUUUCAAUAAGCAGGAUUAUUCGAUUCCUAAAGCCACGAGAUUGUGUUUUCUUCAGUAGUGGCAACAAAUAUUUUCUUUGUUAUUUGGAAGGUAAUUCACUAUUAUUAUUUUGUAAGGGAAUUUAAAUAUUUCGAGUAUUAUUUGUAAAGCAACCCAAAUACUUGCUCUAUUAUUUAUAAAACAACUAAUUUUCCUUUAUAAUUCCUAAAGCAAUUGAAAUAUUCUUUUUUUCUUAUUUGUAAAACAACUCAGAUAUUUCCUUAUGUAUUUCUAAAGCAACUUAAAUAUUAGUGAAGCCAGUCAAAUCCGUAAGGCAAUUCAAGCAUUUCUUUUAUCUGUAACACAACUUUCUUUAUUAUUUAUAAGGCAGCUUACUAUUUAUUUCAUCAUCCCAUCUUAACUCCAGUAAUUUCUUUACCACUCACCAAAGGAGAGUGGAAGCCUCUGCAAAAUAACUGUAAACUCAAACAUUUCCUUUAUUAUUCGUAAGGCAGCUCAGUGCUUUAUUUCAUUACCCAUAACUCAACACAAACACCCUUUACCACUCACCAGAACAAGAGUGAAGGUCCCGAGUAGUGAAUGACGCCAUCUGUGUUAGCGCGUCAAGGCGAGAAGGACAGCCAGCCCAGUAUUAGUAGUGCUAGUAGCGAGGCAAGUCAGGCUCCUGCUAAACGCUCCCUGUACAUACUAAGUAGGCGUGAGUCGCGAGGGUCGUGGAUACUUUUCAAAGCAACGCGAAGCACCCGAUGCUUUUGUAGAUAGUGGUUCGAAGCUCCAUGUUCGUUGUUAUUCUAAGCAAGACUCGAGACAUGAGACAUGAGACAGUAUUGGAACACGCACGACCUGACCUGACCUGAUUUCACCUGACCUGGCCUACAAACUCUGCCCAUCCCAACCGAGGUUACCACUGGCUUCUUAACCUUAGUCUGGAGGAAAAGUGUUGCGUUUCUAUAAUUUGAGAAUGCACGUGGCUGUUAUGAGCAAUUAGAAGGGAAUCUUUUGAAAGAGCGACUCAGUAGUAGUAGUAGUAGUAGUAGUAGUAGUAGUAGUAGUAGUAGUAGUAGUAGUAGUAGUAGUAGUUAUAACAGAAAUAGUAGCAUCUAUCUACUUCCUAAAAAAUCAACAAUAAUGAUAGUAAGUGCAAUAUAAAAACUAGUAAUAGCACAUAAUACACAAAGUUAGCCUCCUUUAAGUUAGCAUUGACCUGACCUGACGCCGUGACCCCCUGACCCGCGACCCGUGACCCGUGACCUCCCAGCUUUAGACAGUCGUUGCUCCGUGUCAGUCGGAGCCUCAAAGUUCUCUACAGGUAACUAGUGUAGCGAGGGUACCUGGCGGUGAGCGUGAGGCUGCCUGUGGCCCUUUGUUUCCUCCUCCUCCUCCUCCUCCUCCUCCUCCUCCUCUAUAACAUCUCUUUUUUUUUUUUUUUUCGUCUUCAGUUAUGCUAUUUUCUUCUACCUUCAACUUUUUCUCCUCCUUUUACUGUCUUCAUUUUUCUUUUUCUCUUCCUCUUUUUUUUUCUUCGUCCUCGUCCUCCUCCUCUCCUCCUCUUUCUUCUUCUUCGAUCAUUCGGUCAGUCAGUCAGUCAGUUAAGCAAUCAUUCGAUCCUCCUCCUCUCCUUUCUUAUCUUUAUUCUUAUUCUUCUAUUUAUUCUUCCUUUUCUUCUUCUUUUUCUUUCUCCAUGUACUGUUAUUUUCAUCUUGUUUUCUUCUUUUUCUUCUUUAAAUGCCUCUUUCUCUUCCUUCUCCCACUUUUAUUUUUUAUUUUCUACUUAUUCAUUUAUUCAUUUAUGCAUUUAUUUAUUUUUCGUUUUUUUCUCUCUCUCUCUUUUCGUACUUUUCCUCCUCCUCCUUCUCCUCCUCCUCCUCCUCCUCUAUGCAUGAUCCCGUGUCCUUGAGAUAAGUAUAAUAAUAAAGUUAAACAAAAUAAAGUAAAGAAUACGAAAUCUAAUCAAAUAAUAAAAGUUUACCCUAAUUUCCUAUAAAAAAUGUCCCUUUAUAUGGAUAUUUAGGAUUGUAAUUAUUGCUAUUGCUAUUAUUUUAGGAUUAUAUAUGUCUGCUAAACUGUCAUUGUGUGUGUGUGUGUGUGUGUGUGUGUGUGUGUGUGUGUGUGGUGACCCUAUACUAAGUAUUACAUAACGUAAAGGUGGAACAAGAAAAGAGGACAAGAAGAUAAGAAGAAAAAAACAGAAUAAGGAAGAAGAAAGAAGAAAUGGAAAAGACGAAUGAAAUAAGACAACAAGCAAGUCACCACACUCGGAACAAGGUGUUUUUUUGUGUGUGUGUGUGUGUGUGUGUGUGAGAGAGAGAGAGAGAGUGUGAGUGUUUCGAAGCUUCAUGAAGUGUUUCAGAUGUGCUCAGUCAGUCAAAUCGAGUCUUAUGAACCACUCCAGUAAUUCAGUCAGCUGUUAACAACCCAGUGAAGUGAACCCAACUGAACAGAACCCAAAAAACCCAGGAAAUCCACUGAACCCACAUAAUCAAAACCUCAAAGAACCGAGUGAACCGACCUGAUAGAACCUAGAAAACCAAGCGAACCAGUGAACCAGUGAACCUAGCUGAUGAAACCCAAGUAAACCAAUGAACCAGUGAUGAAAACCUAGAAACUCAGUAAACUCACAUAAUAAGAUCGCCAAAAACCCUGUAAACCCCCCAAAAAAAAAAUAAUAAAGGAAGAAAACGAGUGAAAAUGAAGGCAGGUGGAAGAAAAUGUUGAUAAAUCUGACGAAAAAUCCAAGAAGAACAUUGAUGACUUGAAGAAUAUCAGAAUAAAGCAAGGAAAAAGAAAACAAUUGAAAGAAAUCAAUGAAACCAUAGGAAACACGGAAAAUCAACAAUAGACAAGGGUAACUUUACAACCAGACUGACACAACCACAAACAAACACACAAACGAAACCACACAACAAACUGAAAUGAUUUGCAGAAGUGACAGCAGCAGAAGUGGCCAGCAUGAAGUGACCCCGCAAUCAAGGCAGGUCAUGCAGAGGUCACGUCAGAAAGAAAAGAUCAUGUGAAGGUCAUUAUUAACUUUAUCAAUUUGUGUGGACUGAGAAACUUGACUCGCAGAAUUACUUGUGCUGGAAAAUGUGCCAAAUGAGUGACCAUUAUUCGUGUGUGUGUGUGUGUGUGUGUGUGUGUGUGUGUGUGUGCCCAGCAAACCGCCAGUCCACCACUAAGCUUCUCGUUUCUCGUUAUUAUUAUUACAUUAUCAUCAUUAUUCUCUCUUAUCUCUCUUUCUCCUUUCUCUCUCUCUCUCUCUCUCUCUCUCUCUCUCUCUCUCUCUCUCUCUCUCUCUCUCUCUCUCUCUCUCUCUCUC